AUGGUUCAUGAGGAUGGAUACUGUGCCAUGUACGAUAAUUGCGGUAAGAAGUCACUCUUCGGUAGUGAAUUACCAUGUGUGAACAAUACAGAGGCAGUAAAGCCACCUGAGGCAUCAAUUGAGAUAUUAAGUCGAAUAUGCGGUGCUGAUUUUCCUAUGGAGAGAGUUUGCUGUUCCGAGAAGCAACUAAUCAAUUUAGAAUCCAAUUUGAAGAAAGUUGACCCAUUGAUAAGUUCAUGCCCUGCUUGUAGGAAGAACUUCUAUGACUUCUUUUGCAAGUUCACAUGCUCUUCAAAUCAAUCCACUUUCAUCGACAUCACUAAGACUGCCGAGUCUAUUGACCUAAAGAAGGAAAUAGUGACAGAAUUGAGUCAGUUCGUAGACUCUGAUUAUGCCUCAGACUUUUUCAACUCUUGCAAGGAAGUGAAGUUUUCAGCAACUAAUGGAUAUGCCAUGGAUUUGAUUGGCGGAGGUGCCACUAAUUACAAGGAAUUUUUAAAGUUCUUAGGUGAUGAGAAACCACUUUUAGGAGGCUCUCCUUUUCAAAUUAAUUAUGAAUAUGCUACUAGUGAAAAGCAAGAAAAUGAGGGUAUAGUGUUAAGAUCGGGUGAUAUGAAGAGCUGUGAUGAUAAGGAUUAUAAGUGUGCCUGUUCAGACUGUUCGAGUUCGUGUCCGAAAUUACCUGGCUUUAAAAGCUAUGAUAAUAAGUGUACGAUAGGUGUCUUACCUUGUUUCUCAUUUGCAAUAAUUAUUCUUUGGGGUUGUUUAAUUUUAAUCUUAGGAGGUUACCACGUUUCAAUUGCAAGAUCAAAGAAUGAUGAUAUCAGACGCUGGAGUACUAGUCUAGCAAAUGAUGAUGACGAUGAUAUAGGAAAUACCUAUCAGUUUACAAGAAAUAGCAAUUUUUCUAAAUUCAGCGCUCUAGAAGAAUAUCAUAUGAAAUUAAUAUGUUAUAUCCAAACUGCUUUUGAGUAUAUCGGGUUUUAUUGCGCCCUGUUACCAGGAAUUACUAUUGGGACUUGUAUCGUGGUGACGCUUAUCAUGUCUAGUGGAUUAUUCUGGCUCAAUCUUGAGAUAAAUCCUGUAAAAUUAUGGGUAAGUCCCGAGGAACCGGCACUCAAAAAUCUUCAAUUCUUUGAAGAAGAAUUUGGCGAGUGGUUUAGAAUUGAACAGAUAAUCAUUAGUUCUAAGAAUGAGAGCCAACCUAUUCUUAAUUGGGAAAAUAUCCAAUGGUGGUUUGAAAAAGAGCAAGAAUUAAGAAGCUUGACAAUUGGUGAUAAGAAAAAAAUUGGUUUAUCUGAUCUUUGCUUUAAACCUAUGGGCGAUGAUUGUGCAAUUGAGUCUUUUGCGCAAUACUUUCAAGGAGAUAUAAAUAAUCUUAAAGAAGAUAACUGGAAACAGCGAAUCAAGAGCUGUACAGACUCGCCGGUGAAUUGCUUGCCUACGUUCCAGCAACCUUUAAAGAAAAAUUUAUUAUUUGACAAGGAAGAUAUUUUUGAUUCUAAAGCUUUCGUGAUCACAUUGUUAAUUAACAAUAAUCUGUCAAACACUGAAUACACCAAUAGUGCCAUCGAAUUUGAACAUGCAAUAAAGGAAUGGAUAUUUGAUAUAAGAAAUGAAAAUAUGAAUUUAAAAAUAGAUUUUAGUACUGAAGUGUCAUUAACAGAAGAGUUGAACAAGUCGACUAACAUGGAUAUCAGUAUUAUUAUUGUCUCUUACCUUUUAAUGUUUUUGUAUGCUUCUUUAGCAUUAGGUGGUAAAGUUCCUACAAGUAUGCAGUUGAAAGACUUAGUUCAUACCAGAUUUCAGCUAGGUUUAGGAGGAAUAUUUAUUAUCUUGCUAUCAGUCACUUCAUCGGCUGGGAUUUUUUCAAUGAUAGGUUUGAAAUCAACUUUGAUUAUAGCUGAGGUUAUUCCAUUCCUAAUUUUGGCUGUAGGUAUUGAUAACAUAUUCUUGAUCGUUCAUGAAUUACAUCUUAAUAAUGAAUUACUUGCUAGCGAUUCAAUCGAAUACAGGAUCUCCCAGACUUUAAAAAGCGUCGGUCCUUCAUGUUUGAUCAGUGCUAUAUUGCAAUUUGCAAUGUUUUUGUUGGCAACCAGAGUUGAAAUGCCUGCUGUCAAAAAUUUUGCCUUCUACUCAGCAGGAACAAUCAUGAUGAAUUUCAUUUUACAGAUGACAGGUUUUAUUGCUUUAUUAUCAUUGGACCAAAGAAGAUUAGAAGAUGAUAGGAUUGACUGCGUGCCAUGUAUACAAGUGGAUGAUCCAAUUACUUUAAGUGAAGAUGAUAGUGAGUACGAGCAGCCAGAAGAGGUUGAAUACAACUUCUCCAGAUUGAUUAGUACAUACUACGCCCCAUUCAUACUUUCCAGGACAAAUAAGCCUAAAAUUCUUACUUUAUUUUUACUAUGGCUUGGUAUUUCACUAAGCCUUUUGCCAAAUAUACAAUUUGGGUUGGACCAGAGGAUUGCAAUACCAUCAGAUUCAUACUUGAUAGACUAUUUCAACUCAGUGUACAAAUAUUUGAAUGUUGGUCCUCCAAUUUUCUUCGUGAUAAAGAACUUAGAUAUUACCCAGAGAGAAAGCCAACAAAAAUUGUGUGGAAAGUUUUCUACUUGCAAUGAGUUUUCAGUCUCAAACAUUUUAGAGCAAGAACUCAAAAGAAGCUCUAAAUCUACCAUUGCGGAGCCCGCGUCGAGCUGGUUAGACGAUUUCUUAACAUGGUUAAAUCCGGAUUUGGACCAAUGUUGUAGGUUUAAAAAGAAUUCGCCAUUCGACGACAAGCAAUUCUGUACGCCUAGUACGCCAGAAAGAUUAUGUGAAGCAUGCUAUACAGAUCAUGACCCACAGUACAGCAACACAAUGGAAGGCUUCCCUACCGGUAAGGAAUUUAUGUUUUAUUUCAAUCAAUGGAUCGAGGAACCAAGUGACCCAUGUCCAUUAGGAGGCAAAGCUCCGUAUUCGACCAGUAUAUCGGUAAACAAAAACCGAACCAAGAUAAAUUCGAGUUACUUUAGAAGCAGCCAUUCACCAUUACGUUCGCAGGCCGACUUCAUCAAUGCUCACAAGAACUCGCUCCGUAUAGUCAAAGAGAUCGAAUCGUACGAUAACGACAUUGACAUGUUUGCAUUCUCACCGUUCUACAUAUUUUUCGUCCAGUAUGAAUCGAUAGUCAAAUUGACCCUUACGUUAUUGCUAAUUGCUGCAAUUAUCAUCUGGUCCAUAAGUGCUUUCCUCUUAGGCUCAAUAUCUUCUGCUACUGUUCUUGUUGUCACUGUCUGCAUAGUUCUCGUCAAUAUUGGAGGCGUGAUGUCUCUUUGGGGCAUUUCCUUGAACGCUGUGUCUCUAGUCAACUUGAUUAUCUGUGCUGGUUUGGCGGUGGAGUUUACCAUUCAUAUUACUCGCGCUUUCACCAUCACACCUGCAGACGUUUACUCAAUAAACCCCAGAGAAAACAAGGCUCACAAGGCCCUUACUACAGUUGGAGGCUCGGUCUUAGGAGGUAUAACCCUAACGAAAUUUAUCGGAAUUUCGGUUCUUGCAUUCACCAGAUCAAAGAUUUUCGAGGUCUACUACUUCAGAAUGUGGCUUGCAUUGGUGUUUAUUGCGGCAAUUCAUGCUCUCUGUUUGCUCCCCAUCCUAUUGAGUUACUUUGGUGGUUCCAAACUUAUUCCUUCGGAUGAUCUUGCUGGUAAUGCUACCGUUCCAGAACAUAAUGAAGGGCUUUAA